ACCUGCCAUUGGCCGCAAUGGUCUCUACAGGUCAUCGUGCGUCCCCCCGCGCCGAUUUGACACCUGUAGAGGCGCUGUUGCGGCCCUGGCAGGCACAGAAAGACAAAAUCUGCGAGCAAGCUACUUAACAUGACGCGCCCCCCAAAUGCAGCGGCAGUCAUCUAGCCGCGACGCAGCAAAGCAGGACGCGACGACGAAGCCCAGACAUCCCUUGAGCAUAACGAGUACACAACACACACUACAGUCGCUGAUGGGCUUCCUGGCUAGUCCAUCAUCAUCCGACAAUGUCUGCAACGUCCCGCAUCGACGAGCCCUCGGGCUGAACAGCAUCACCUCCCGCGCGAACCACCUCACAGACAUCCCGGCAUGCUACUAUCGGUGCCACAACACACUCACAGAUCAUCAGACAGCCUCGUCCACUGUCGCCCCUCGUGUUGAGGGAGUGGUGCACCUUCGACACACCCGACAAGGUCUGAGGAGAUUUGCGCGAGAGCUCUCAUGCUCAGUAGGCUCGACGGCACGCACGAGCGGAGCAUCGCUCCUGUGAAGCUGCGUCACGACGAAAUGCCGCUGCCGUUGCGCCCGGUGGCAGGUCACACCACAGAACACAGCCGCAUAGGAACCUAGUGGACGGCAUCACAACAG